AUGUGCAGCCUAACAGAGAGGUUCACAGUUAGAGAACGCAUAGAGCAAGAGGCCUCAUGUGUCACACCUCUUGUCAUCGGUCGCGAAGGCUGUGAGCAAUUUUCUUUGCGAUCCCCUCCGGGACCGUGCCUCACAUCUGUAUUUUCUGCUCCUCAUCACCUGCUGAAGAUGAUGAAGAUGUUGCUCAGGUGGACUUGUUGCAGUGAAAGCCUCUCCUAGAUGCUAGAUGUGCUCAACAGCCAACUAUGUUCUCCCUCUGAGGAGAACCUGUGAGGUGGUGGCUACUCCAGGCAGGCUGUGCGGGGGGGCGUCCAUGCCUGCUAACUUCAAUGGAGUCAGGCCUCAUGGACCUCCACAGGACAUGGAGAUGGAUAUGGCCUGGCAGGAGUUAAUGGCUAUCACUGAACUCCAGGAGUUUGAAGUCCAACCUGAAGGCUCUUAUGAAACUGCACAGUAUCAAUCCAUGCAGCCUAUGGCCCCUGCAGGAGAGUUUGAGAUGUCUCAGUCCCAUUCAGAGCACCAUCCUCCUCCUGCUGCUGCUGCUUGUGACCCGAGCACUGCUGCCUCUUACGAGGGAUGUUACUCUGCAGAGGCGCCCGCCUGCCAUCGCCUGAGCAGCAACACGGAAGCAGUGUACGGAAACGCAGAUUCGCUGCUGCCUCAGAGAAUGCUUCCCAUGUCUUCCCACCCUCAGUCCUCCCUCAUAAACAUGGCAGCUGCCACCCAGGGUCACCGGAGACCCAACGCCAGCAGCUCUCAGGGCUUGAGUCGACACAUGCUGUGGACUGCGCUGGGACAGAACGUACGCGUCCGCGCCGGGGACGAUCUGGAAUCGGACUCUGGUCUCUCGCUGGGAUCCAGCCCACCGUUGGCUUCCCCAGAUAACCCCGCUGCCGGUGCACCGGGUUACCAAAACAUUGAUAUGGGCACACCGUAUAGAGACUGUGAGCCAGAAAGCAUGACCGAGCACGGCAGGAGGGCCCACGUCCAUUACCCAAUGGACUACCAGAGCCAAGCCGUCCCGUUUUUACCCUCAGGCGCACACGCACCUUAUUUUUCACCCCAUCCCGGUUUCUCUCACUCACAGACUUGCUCCAUGAAUCCCCGACCCCUGAAACAACCGGGUCAAGCCGCACCAGCUCCAGUUGACCUGUACGACAACGCGACAAUGACCAGCAGAGGGAGCUCGUACGGCGCGCACGCAAAGUCUCAAGGAGGCAGUUCCACCCCGGCUCCUCUGAGCAGAGACGAGCGCCGGGCCAUGGCGCUGAAGAUCCCCUUCCCCCUGGACAAGAUCAUCAACCUCCCCGUGGACGACUUCAACGAGCUCCUGACGCAGUACACGCUGACGGACACGCAACUGGCGCUGGUGAGAGACAUCAGGCGCAGAGGAAAGAACAAGGUGGCGGCCCAGAACUGCAGGAAGAGGAAGCUGGAGAGCAUCGUGCACCUGGAGAGGGAGCUGAACAACCUGCAGGCGCAGAGGGACCACCUGGCGCAGGAGCGGCUGGAGUUCCAGCGCAGCUUGGCUUUCAUCAAAUGCCGACUCUCAGACCUCUACAGGGAAGUCUUCUCUCAUUUACGAGAUGAAGACGGUCAACCUUAUUCUAUAGACGAAUAUUCGCUGCAGCAAACUCCCGAUGGAAGUAUUUAUUUGGUACCUCAUUCAAUGGAAACGAGAGAGCAAUGUUGAAUUUUAGUUUCAUUUCAUUUUAUUAAAACCCAAAUCACUUGCUUGGAACCUUCUCUGCAGUUUCUGGUUUGAACAAACCUGCCAUACAUGUAACGGUAAACAUUUCCUG